AUGCUGGACGAGGAAGAGGAAGUUGUGUUUAUUGAGGAACUAGACAUGGCAUGGAAAGAUGAAUGUUUGGUUCUGAAGAGGAAACUCGAAGGAUGGCGAGAUGCUUUAGGAGAUCUCGGGAGGUUUGAACAAGAGUCCACAGUGGCGAAUGUGGUGGGCGGGAUUAGAGCCUUGGUAAGUGGCAUGCUUUUAGAGUUGGAGACCAUGGCGCAAAUCGAAUCAUAUGCCAUGACAUUGGAACAGGAAUGCAUUCAGAGUGUGAAUGGGGGGUUAGAACAUGACGAUGAUACUUCUGUUGCAGGCGCUGUAUGGAGGUUUAUGUGA